AUGGCCCAGGUGGAGCUCACUCCUUCCUUCCUGCGCAUUGGGCAGCUCAGCAAUGUGGACCUCAACGAGGAGAUCCGAGAGCUGGAGACCGAGCUCCCUGGGCAGCAUCCCAACGAGAUCCCCCACAAUGAGAAGCUCCUGUCGCUCAAGUACGAGAGCCUGGACUAUGACAACAGUGAAAACCAGCUGUUCCUGGAGGAGGAGAGGAGGAUAAACCACACGGCUUUCCGGACGGUGGAGAUCAAGCGCUGGGUCAUCUGUGCCAUGAUUGGCAUCCUCACUGGCCUGGUUGCCUGCUUCAUUGACAUCGUGGUGGAGAACCUGGCUGGGCUGAAGUACCGUGUGGUGAAGGACAACAUCGACAAGUUCACGGAGAAAGGGGGCCUGUCUUUCUCCCUCUUGCUCUGGGCCACCCUGAAUGCCAGUGUGGUGAUGGUGGGCUCUGUGAUUGUGGCUUUCAUAGAGCCCGUGGCAGCUGGCAGUGGCAUCCCCCAGAUCAAGUGCUAUCUCAACGGCGUGAAGAUCCCUCACGUUGUCCGCCUGAAGACCCUGGUGAUCAAAGUCUGUGGGGUGAUCCUCUCAGUGGUCGGUGGCCUGGCCGUUGGGAAGGAAGGCCCCAUGAUUCACUCUGGAGCAGUGAUUGCUGCUGGGAUCUCCCAGGGAAGAUCCACCUCCCUGAAGCGAGACUUCAAGAUCUUCGAGUACUUCCGCAGGGACACGGAGAAGAGGGACUUUGUCUCGGCGGGAGCUGCUGCGGGUGUCUCGGCUGCCUUUGGUGCCCCCGUGGGGGGUGUCCUCUUCAGCUUGGAGGAAGGGGCUUCCUUCUGGAACCAGUUCCUGACCUGGAGAAUUUUCUUUGCCUCCAUGAUCUCUACGUUCACUCUGAACUCUGUCCUGAGUGUUUACCAUGGCAAUGCUUGGGAUCUCUCCAGCCCUGGGCUCAUCAACUUUGGCAGGUUUGAUAACGAGAAAAUGGGAUACACCAUCCAGGAAAUUCCUAUCUUCAUCUUUAUGGGAGUGGUUGGAGGGAUCCUGGGGGCCCUGUUCAAUGCCCUCAAUUACUGGCUGACGAUGUUCCGGAUCAGGUACAUCCACCGGCCCUGCCUGCAGGUGGUGGAGGCCAUGCUGGUGGCAGCAGUGACAGCAACCGUGGGCUUUGUCAUGAUUUACUGCUCGAGGGACUGCCAGCCCAUGCAGGGCAGCACAGUGGCCUAUCCCCUGCAGCUUUUCUGUGCUGAUGGAGAGUACAACUCCAUGGCCACUGCCUUCUUCAACACACCUGAGAAGAGCGUUGUCAACCUGUUCCAUGACCCUCCAGGUUCCUACAACCCCAUGACCCUGGGGAUGUUCACACUGAUGUAUUUCUUCCUGGCCUGCUGGACCUACGGCCUCACGGUGUCCGCCGGGGUCUUCAUCCCCUCCCUGCUGAUCGGCGCUGCCUGGGGGAGGCUCUUUGGCAUCUCCCUGUCCUACCUGACCAAUGCCUCAAUCUGGGCUGACCCCGGAAAGUACGCCCUGAUGGGAGCUGCUGCCCAGCUAGGUGGCAUUGUGAGGAUGACACUGAGUCUCACAGUCAUCAUGAUGGAGGCAACAGGCAACGUCACCUAUGGGUUCCCCAUCAUGCUGGUGCUGAUGACAGCAAAGAUUGUGGGAGACUACUUUGUGGAGGGGCUCUAUGACAUGCACAUCCAGCUGCAGAGUGUGCCCUUCCUUCACUGGGAGGCCCCGGUGACAUCCCACUCCCUCACAGCCAGGGAGGUCAUGAGCACUCCUGUCACCUGCCUGCGGAGGAUCGAGCGCGUGGGCACCGUUGUGGACAUCCUGAGUGACACCUCCUCCAACCACAAUGGCUUCCCGGUGGUGGAGAGCAACCCUGAUGCCACUCAGGUGGCAGGACUGCGGGGCUUGAUCCUGCGUUCCCAGCUCAUCGUCCUGCCGAAGCACAAGGUGUUUGUGGAAAGGGCCAACCUGAGCCUGGUGCAGCGGCGGCUGAAGCUGAAGGAUUUCCGGGACGCCUACCCCCGCUUCCCACCCAUCCAGUCCAUCCAUGUCUCCCAGGACGAGCGCGAGUGCAUGAUCGACCUCAGCGAGUUCAUGAACCCCUCGCCCUACACCGUGCCUCAGGAGGCGUCUCUGCCGCGGGUGUUCAAGCUGUUCCGGGCCCUGGGGCUGCGGCACUUGGUGGUCGUGGACAAUCGCAACGAGGUGGUGGGCAUGGUCACCCGCAAGGACCUCGCCAGGUACCGGCUGGGGAAGGAAGGUCUGGAGGAGCUGUCGCUGGCACAGACGUGA